GAUGUAGUAAACUAUGAUGAUGUGCAUGUGAACUUCUCUUGGGAAGAGUGGGCUUUGCUGGAUCCUUCUCAGAAGAGUCUCUACAGAGAGGUGAUGCUGGAGACCUAUAGGAAUCUCGCUGCUAUAGGCUACUAUUGGAAAGACCAUAAUAUUGAAGGACAUUUUCAAAAUUCUAGAAGAAAUGGAAGGCAUGAAAGAAGUGAUAUUGAAGAGACACUUUCUGAAUUUACUCAAUAUGAUAAAGACUUUGCAUAUCAGAGCCAUCCUCAAAGACAUGAAAGAAUUUAUUCUGGAGAGAAACUCUAUGAAGGUGUCCAAUAUUUUGAAANCUUUGCACAUUACAGUAGUCUCCAAAUACAUAAAAGAACACAUAUUGUAGAAAAACCCUAUGAGUGUAAGCAAUGUGGCAAAGCCUUUGCAUACCACAGUUAUCUUCAAAGGCACGAAAGAAGUCAUACAGGAGAGAAACCUUANGAAUGUAAUCAAUGUGGUAAAGCCUUUGGACGCUAUAGUCAUCUUCAGAGACAUGAAAGAAUUCAUACAGGAGAAAAAAGCUAUGACUGUAAUCAAUGUGGUAAAACAUUUGUGCAUCACAGUCAUCUUCAAAUACAUAAAAGAACACAUAUUGGAGAGAAACCCUUUGAAUGUAACCAAUGUGGUAAAGCCUUUGCACGAAACAGUCAUCUCUUAAUACAUAAAAGAAUACAUACUGGAGAGAAACCCUAUGAAUGUAAGCAAUGUGGUAAAANUUUUGCGUAUCAAAGUGGUCUUCUAUAUCAUAAAAGAAGAUAUACUGUAGAGAAACUCUAUGAGUGUAACCAAUGUGGUAAAUCCUUUUCAUGUCACAAUAGUCUACAAGUACAUAAAAGAACACAUACUGGAGAGAAACCCUAUAAAUGUAAUCAGUGUGGAAAAGCCUUUGGACGCUACAGUUCUCUUCAAAGGCAUGAAAGAAUUCAUACAGGAGAGAAACCUUAUGAAUGUAAUCAAUGUGGUAAAGCCUUUGGACGUCACAGUUCUCUCCAAAGGCAUGAAAGAAUUCAUACAGGACAAAAACCUGAUGAANGUAAUCAAUGUUGUAAAGACUGUGGAUGUUACAAUAGUCUCCNGAUACAUGAAAGACCACAUACUNUAGAGAAAUACUUUGGGUGUAACCAAUGUGGUAAAGGCUUUUCACAAAACAGUUAUCUUGAAAUACAUAAAAGAACACAUACUGUAGAGAAACACUAUUAGUGUAACAAUGUGAUAAAGCCUUUGCAUAUCAUGGCCAUCUUUGAAAUCAUAAAAUACCAUAUACUGCAGAGAAACCCUAUGAAUGUAAUCAAUAUGGUAAAGCCUUUGCAUGUCAGACAUCUUCAAAGCCAUGAAAGAAACCAUACUGUAGGGAAACCCUGUGAACGUAUUUAAUAUGGUGAAGCCUUUGCACAUUUCUAUAGUCUUCAUCAUCAUGAAAAAAAUCCAUACUGAAGAGAAACCCUAUGAAUGUAUUUAAUGUGCUAAAGCCUUUUCACAUUUCAUAAGUCUUCAUCAUUGUGAAAUAAUUCAUACCAGAGAGAAAUGAAUAUAUUUAAUAUGGAGAAGUCUUUGCAUAUUUUAAUAGUCUUCAUUAUUGGGAAAAUAUUCAUACUGGAGGGAAAUNCUCUGAGUGUAAGCAAUGUGGUAAAGCNUUUGUGUUACNGGGUCUGUUGAGACCCAACAAAACUCNAACUCAGGUAAUGCAAGUGACAAGAACUUAUUGUAAUCAAGCUACUACUGAUGGCUCAGGGCUACAGAACAUACUUGGAAACUGAACUGUGACAUGCUGCCUAACCACUUCCCAACCCAGAGCAAGAAUGGUAUAGAGCUUUUAAUUUCCAAAACCAGAAAUAUCUGUGCCAAGUUAUAGCUCCAUUUUUUUUCCACCGGGAUUUAGGGAUCAGGGCUUUCCUUAUCUAGUUGAUCUAUGUUAACUGAUUCAGUCUAACUAAUCAUAUCCAUUUAUUGUUUUGUGAUUAGGAACAGGCAUUAUGUUUUGAGGAACAAAAGAUAAAUAACAGAAGCCAUGGUUAGAGACAGUCAAUAUGAUUUCAUGAACAAAGAUGAACAAUUGAAGCUGACCUGCUAUUGGGAAGGUUCCAGCUACUGCAAGACCAGGGAACUUGAAUUUAGGUGUGCCAUAUGAUUAAAUGGAGGCUGAUAACAAAAAAAUGGAGUACUUAGGACAAGUUUCUUUUACUUGUUUUCAACAGUUGCACAUCAUAGGCACUUUUGAAUACUUGAAAGAAUAACAACAUUGUAGUGAAACUUCAAAUUGUUAUCAANGUGAUNAAGNUGUUUUACANCACAGUUAUAUACAUUAAAGAACACAUACUGGAGAGAAAUCCNAUGAAUAUGCAAUGUGGUAAAUCCUUUGUGUGUAGCAGUAGUCUUAAAAAUCAUGAGAAAAAGACAUGCUGCAAAGGAACCCAUAAAUGUACUCAGGAUGGUAACAUUUUGCACUUGAUGGUAUCUGUAUACAAGAAUAAACCUUUAGAGUAUAAUUAAUCUUUAAAGCCUUUGCAUAUCGCAGUAAUCUUUAAGGACCUUAAAGAACUGAUACUGAAAAGAAUCUGUGACUAAAGGAUUUGAUAAGAUCUGUAGCCAACACCCUUGCAUUCAAUGUCGGGUGCACCAUGGCUCUGAAUAUGACUGCACAACAGUUUCAGCUGUGGGAGCAUCUUCAAUCCGAAUCAUGUACCUCUGGCUUUCUAGUAUACAGAUGCCAUUGCUCUCUCUUGUCUGCUUGUCUGUCAUUGCAUUUUUCUAUACCAUAUUUGUCCUCAAAUAGAAGUCUGUUAAAAAAUUUCUGGGAAAAGGAUUGAUUGACUAGAGAAGGAAAUGGCUCUGGUAUCUAUUAGGAACAAACUGUUCUAGCCCUGGCUAUUCAAGCAGUCAGUUCAGGCAUAAUGCCACAAGGGGUUCUGUGGAGAUUGACUCACUUAAUUGUUCUAUGAGACAUUUUUGCCAAGUCAUAAUGAUUAUGUCGUACCACAAAAUAUUUGAAGCAGGAAAUGUUUUUGAGAAACCUGAAGUUUUAAUAGUUAAAUGAAGACCCUCAAGGAAAAGGAACAUGGGGCCUGGGUCACUAAGAGCAGGGAUGGCUAUAGAAAACACAAUGAACAAGAUAGAGGAAGAAAUAGCUGGGCCUACUGGUUAAGAGAGCAAUGGUGAGAGCCCCCAUGAGAGGAGAUCUCUAAUAAUAGGUUUGAUUUAGAAAUAUUAUUGGGGAAAAUUGGAAGGUAUAUAGUACAAAAUAUAAAAGGAUGGGUAUAAGUGUUUAGACCCCACAAGUAGGCCAUUGGAUUAGUGAACUGACCUUCCUGGAAAGAUUGGAACAUAGUUAUUUGACCCUCUGGCAUCGCCUACCUAAAGGGAACUAGGGUAUAUAUUCUAAGAGAAUUUGAGCUUCUGAAGGAGCUCUGCAAGAAGCUGUAAAAGAAAUUAAUAUCACAUAUGGAAAAUAAUUUGAAAAACACUGUAGAAAUAGAUAUUUGGAGGAGUUCAGUAAAUUGGAGGAAGAGAUUCUGCAGAGUUAGACAAGCUAAAAACACCUUAUCCCGACCUGUUUAGCACCUUUCUGUUCUCAUGCUAAUUCUGUAACUACAAGUUUAUGCCCAGAUGGCCUGUGAUGUGGAGGUUUUUCUGAGAGUUAAAAGUUAACAUAUAACUUGCUUUUGCAGACACUGAACUGUAAAUUUAUGUAUGCUUUGUGCUUUCUGGUGACAUAGUGGUGUGGGGUUUCGCAGGAAAAAUAAUGGGUUUGAUGAAAAUAAUGAAAAGGCUUUUGCUUAUGUAUUAUUGAAUAACAAGGAAGUGUGUAACCAAUAAAAGACUGAGGUGAACUCAGAGAGAGAACCUGCAUGCUGUCUCUUGAGUACAGCCUCAGACCAGCAGUGAGUUGCCUGUCAGUGUGCACCUGAAUCUUUGCCUGAGACUCUUCAUUUUGGGCUGAUCCAAUCCAUCCUGUCUCAAGACCCUUGUAACAACUGAGGCCAUUCCUGGGAAAUUCAGUUACACAAGAUUGUUUCUGAGGGAAAAAAUAUGACAAGGGUCAGCAAUCUUUUCAAACAGUAUGAUAUCCCUAUUGAUUUUGUUUGUACUUGCAUACUCAAAAAAAAUAAAUAAA